AUGUUUAGUUUAAAACAACUUUUAUUAUUAUUAUUUAAUGUAUAUUUAUUGAAUAGCAGUUUCUGUAGAGCUCUGAGUAAUAGUCAAAAUAUCGAUUAUCAUUCGAUUGAUUAUGCCAGACCGUUCCUAGAGGAAUAUAUUAAAACAUUAAAUAGUUUGGCAAAUGGAUACAAAGGUGAAAUUUACACUGAAUUUCUGGAGAACAAUCACAAAUGUAUUCACGACCAUAUUAAGCAUCAACAUAGUAAUGAUCUUUUAAAUAUUAAUGGACAGUUUGAUAUUUCCAAUAAGAAUAAAGAGGGUCAGUUUAAUAAAAGAGAUACUAUGUCUGUAAAUGUCAGAAAGCAACCAAUUGUCACUACUCAUCCAAUAAGAAUAAUGUUCAAUACAACCUAUCUUUCUCCAAAUACCGAAAAAUCGACAUGUAAAUUCGUAGGACAAAAAGUAAGAAUCAACUUUAGUAACACUAUGGUUACCUGUCGUCCACAAGAUAUUCUGACAAACGAGCUGAUCGCUCUCAUUACCAACAUUGUUUUGCCAUUCAUCUCUAGUACUUUUGAGAAUUUCCUAACAGUGACUGGUCCACUCUAUUAUCCUGAACAACCAUUCCUUCAGACUGCUUUUUGUGGACGUGAAUUAUUUACAAUCGACGUGAGUAAUGGUUUCAAUGCAGACUAUAUGAUGUAUGUCACAGCACAUCCCAUUGGAGUAGCCAGUGUCAAUGCCUAUGCUACCGCAUGUCUAUUGGACCAAGGAAACAACCGACCAUAUGCAGGUCACAUCAAUAUCAAUCCAGAAGUAUUCUCAGCGUUUGCCAAUCUACAAUAUCAAAGAACACACCAAACCAAAUGGCAACUGUUUUUAAGAGCUAGUCUUCAUGAAGCUAUUCAUGCUCUCGGUUUCAGUGAUGAUCUCUUCAAGUAUUUCAUCGAUAGAAGAACUGGACGUACAUACAACACGAAUAUCAACCCUAUGACUUUGGCUAGAGGUGCUGCUCCAUCUGGCUCAUCAUACAAAGUUCAACGAUCAUUUCUUGCGACACCCAAUGUUUUAGAGAUUGUUAGAACUCAUUUUGAUUGUGAUAAGAUGCCUGGUGCAGAAUUGGAGAACAACGGUGGUGAUGGAACAAGAAACAGUCAUUGGAAAGCAACCAUCUUCAAUACAGAGUUAAUGAUCGGCUAUGGACAAGCAGUUGCUCCUCUUUCCAAUCUUACUUUGGCAUUACUCUAUGAUUCAGGAUGGUAUGGUUUAAUCAAUUUAGAUCAAGCUGAACCACUUCGCUUUGGAAGAGCUAAAGGAUGUUCAUUUGCGUUAGAUUCGUGCGGACCCUCCAACUGGAACUACCCAGGUUAUUGGACAGACAUAAACAACCAACGUGCAUGUACACCAACAAGAGAUGCUGUCGGUGUAGCAUCUUGGGCUACCUAUCAACAAGCACUACCAAGUCAUCAACAACACUGGCGAGAGAAGAACGUUGGAAGUCAGAGAGGAGAUACCUUUGACUAUUGUUUAUUUAGCUCAGUCUACGACAACUUGGAUUCCACAUACUAUUGCUUUGAUACCAAUACAAAACCAAUGUCUGCUGGCGAGGUAUUUGGUAAGGACAGUGCUUGUAUUCUACAUUUCGAGGGUCAGUCUUCAAAAGAUAAAUUGAUACCUGCAUGUCGUGUUCAAAGAUGUAUUGGUACAACAUUGGAGGUACAAGUCAAUGAAAAAUGGUACAAGUGUCCACCAGGUGAGAAAGUCCGAGCAGGAGAUAUCAUAUUGAUGUGUCCAGAUGCAACCGAUCAACAUUGCGUACCUCUGAGAUUCUCCGAUACGCCAUCGAAUCACUCUGCAAAGAAAGCAGAUAAUCGGGGACUCUCGAUCGACACUGAAAUUAAUCUCGGAAUCGAUGGUUCUUUCGAACCUCUGAAUAACAUUAACAACCUAAUAAGUUUAGACAAAGUUCUAUUGACUCCUUCAUCAUCGAGUGCGAAUCGAUCACAAAUAAUCAUCCCGUUAGAUAUUAUCAUUUUGAUAAGUUUCAUGGUUUUCUUGUUAUGA